GAGGAGCUGCCGCCAUGUCUGCGCAUCUGCAACGGACAGUCGUGCAGAACUGCUCCAGCUUCUUAAUCAAGAGGCGCAAGCAGGCGUACAGCCCGGAACCCAAUAACCUGAAGGCCCGCAACUCCUUCCGCUACGAGGGACUGAUCCACCGCAAGACGGUGGGCGUGGAGCCAGCAGCCGACGGCAAAGGUGUCUUGGUGGUGAUGAAGCAGAGGUCCCGCCAGCCCAAGCCAGCCACUUUCUGUGUGCGGACCACCACCAACAAAAAUGCUCGGGCCACCCUCAGCAGCAUCCGUCACAUGAUCCGCAUGGAUCUGCGCGUGGCUGCCAUCCGCAGAGCCAGAGCCAUCCUGCACAGCCAGAAGCCGGUGACGGUGAAGAGGAAGCAGACCCGCCCCACCAAAAGCUCCUGA